AGCGAGAGAGAGAGAGAGAGAGAGAGAGAGAGAGAGAGAGAGAGAGAGAGAGAAUGCGAGCUUGGACAGCUAGUGAGUGGAGAGUAGUGUCCCAUAUGUGGAAAAAAGCAUAGCAGUGUACACACAGCUCUGUGGUCUGUUCCAGGGAUUAUCCAAGCGCACUCACAUCUUGAUGGAAGACACGCAGGCAUGAGUAGGGCCAGCCAUUGUGAAACCAGCUUCUGCACAUGCCAGUGAUGGACUUCAGCCGUACAGACGCUAACGUUAGCUGGCAUUCACAAAACAGCAGCACUCGUCCCAACUGAGACCAGCCCCACAGAAUGCUGAGCCCCAUUGUCCCCUAUAGCCUGUUGAAGAUGCACUGGAACCCGGAGCAUGCCCAGCCCCUCAGCCAGUGGCCUGAGCAGCACCUGGACGUCUCCUCCACCACCUCCUCCCCGGCCCACAAGUCGGAGCUCUACGGAGGCCGUGGCCGCGGCUCGUACAACUACGCCUGGGCCAACGACGACAUCUCCGCCCUCACCGCCUCCAACUUGCUGAAGCGCUACGCCGAGAAGUACUCCGGCGUGCUGGACUCGCCCUACGACCGCCCGCCCGCCGCGGGCAGCUACCCGGAGCCAGGCGCUUUCGGGGGCCUCAGCGGCCCCAAGACUGAGCUGGAGCCCUGGCCACUCACGCACGGCUCCGAUGGCUCUUAUCCCCUCGGGACGCCGGGGGGCCACGACGGCAUGCCGGGGUCCAAGCCUGCGGCCCCGCCGGCCGGGCCUCCGGGGUCCGGCAGCGGGGCCAACAGUAACCUCUCGGACUCGGGCUACAGCGGCAGCAGCUCCUGCAGUGGCUCUCAUUCCGGCGACUACCCCCCGAGCUACAACGGCACCUACCUGUCCUCGGGGUACUGUCCCCAGCCCGGCACGGCGCUUCCCCCGGCCUCCCUCCACGCGCUCCAGACCACUCCCACCCUGGUGCCCAGCUACAGCCCCACCGCCCCAAUGUACAACUACUCGCCUAGCGCCUACCCCCACCAGGCCGGCCUGGCCCCUAACUACAGCCACCCCUCUGCCACCUACCUGCCCUCAGGCCUGUCGGCUCCCAGCCCGCUGCCCUCCAGGCCCACGGCGGUGGGGGGCAGCUACAGCUACCAGAGCUCCAGCCUCGGCGGCGCAGAGUCCGGGGGAUCGCUCAAGAGGAAGGCCUUCGACAUGAGCCACGAAGAGAACGAAAACGGGGACGCUUCCCGCUACAGGAAGUACGGCUACGACCAAAUGAAGGCCGGGGAGGACACGCCUUACAGCGCCAGCGACAAAGGCGACCGGGGGAACGGUUUUAGCGCGGGCAGCGCUGAUCCUCAGACCUUCAAGCCCAGAAAGCCCUCCCCCCAGCCCCUGGUGUCUCCUCAGUACGGGGUGGCUGGGGAGUACAGCCCACCGGCGGGGAUUACAGGGGACAAUGUGGGGGGGGAACAGGGCUUCUCCCAGCUGCAGCAGCAGCAGCAGCAGCAGCAGCAGCACCGUUCCCACAGCCACAAGAGGGACUCCCUGAAGAGCCCAGACCCCCGGCUGCUGGACCUGGUCAACGGGGAGUUGUUGGACUGCAGCCCGGGCCUCGCCUGGGGGGAGCUGGUGGGACUCACUCACGUCAAGAGCGCCCUGGAAGAGGACCUGCUCUGGCCCGUGUUGAGGCCCAGCCCGGGGGUGCGGCCGCCCUGCACCGUGCUGCUGUUCGGCCCCCGCGGAGGUGGGAAGACCACCCUGGCCCGCUCGCUGGCCUCGCAGCUGGGGGCGUCCUUCUACCGGCUGAGCGGAGCCACGCUGGCCUCCAAGGGGAAGGCGGAGGCGGAGCAGAUCCUGGGCGCUCUGCUGCAGGUGGCGGUGGCACGCCAGCCCUCGGUGGUGCUGCUGAGCCAGGUGGAGGCCAUGGAGGAGGAGGGCCUCCGGCAGACCCUGCUGUCCACCCUGGAGAAGGCCCAGGUGGGGGCGGCGGGGCAGGUUAUUAUCGUCUGCGCCACGGGGCGGCCCGACCUGCUGCAGGAGUCGGUCCACCGGAGCUUCGCCAAGCGGUACCACGUGCGCCUGCCGGACGUGGGCAUGCGCAGGCAGGUGCUGCUGCAGGCACUGGUCCCCCAGGGCUGGAGCCUCAGCGAGAGGGAGCUCGGUUCGGUGCUCCAGCGCACCGAGGGCUUCUCUGUGUGGGAGCUGCUGCAGCUCAGCCAGCAGGCGCUCUCCUCCGCGUCCACCUCGCCGGGGGGGGCCAUGCACGGCCUGCCCACCGCCUCCUCGACCCCCACCUUCAAAGACUUUGAGAACGCCUUCUGCAAGGUGCGCCCGCACACCAACCCUAAAGAACUGGACACUUGUAUAGAGUGGAGCAAGGUGUAUAGCCACUGAAAAUGCAGCCAAACACUGUAUUGGGACAGCCAUUUUGACCCUAUCAUGGCUCUGAGACGACGAGCCUUGGGAAUGUUUUGAUGUUGUUUUGUACUUAUUAUGCAGCCAAAAGAGUUGGAAGACCUCAAAGAUGCGGGACAGCUGAUCAAUGUUUUACUGGCAUAAACAAGCCAUUGUGUGCUCUUCAGUUUCCGCUAUAAAUAAACACACUACUUUAUUUUCCCAAAGAGAUAAGAGAAAGGGCCUUGAUGAGUAGGACAAUGGCGUGUAGUUAAAAUAGCUGAUUGGCCAACGAGGAAGCGUUAUGUAAGGAUACUCUUAGAGAUCCUGAUUAGCCUUGGUCCAGGACACAGCAGGUAUUUAUGCUGGUCGCGGGGUCCAAGAUUAUGGAUAAUCAGGGUGUUGGGAAAUCCCCCUUUUCACUGCUACACUCAGGAUCGAAGUUGGAUUGCCAGCCCUCUCUCAUUUAAAUUUGAAUUAAUUUAGGAUACAUCAUUUAGCAAAAAAGCCCCUAGGAUUUUCAAAAUUACAUUCUGACCAAAUUCACUAAUAAUAGUAGUGAUAAUAACAAUAAUAAUUAUAAUAUUAAUAAUAAUAAGGAUAAAUAAUCAUAUUAUUAUAAUAAUUAGAUAUGCACCAAUCCCAAUGAAUCAUAUCCAUUGUCUCCAUAGCUUUCCACCAAACUUUGUAAUAAUUGUCACAGCCGUAUUCUUCCCUUUCCAGUAUUAGUCAUGGUGGAGGUAGCUCUGGUGCGACUGGUCAGAACACAGUAUUACUAGCGCACCAUCCCUCUCUGCUAUUCUAGGGGCACCUUGCAGUUAACCAAUGCAUUUAAACACAAAAAUAGAAAACAUUUAAUGACAAAAAAUAGUACAAUGCACACACAAUAUGCAGUAUUAUUUUUUUAAUUCACUUUCUCCAUUUAAGUAUUUGUUUACCUCACAUUCCUCGCUGAGUGCAGUUAAGUCUGAGAAAUCCUACUUUCAUCCUACUUUGCUUUAACCCUCUGCAGCCCUGCAGUGUGUGUUUUUGUUUUGUUUUGUUUUACAUUUUUGCUUUACCACGUACUCAUUCUUUUUUUAUUUUCUUUAGUGUGUAGUCUUGUUUGAAAUGCUCAGGAAGAAUUUCUUUACCUCAGAAAUAUGAAUUUAAGAAUGUAUGUAAUCUUAGGGUCUUAGCAAAAGAGAGUGAUGCAGAGCAAGGGGUUUGGGGUGGGGUGGGGGGGAUGGGGGAGAGUUAGGCGGGUGAGGGGGAAAGGGGGGGAGGGGAAGGGGGAGAGGGGCUGACAGUCUUGUUAUACUCCACUGCGGCUGGGCUUUUACCUCUGAAGAGAAACUUGAAAAUGCUACAAAGAGUAACAUUGAAUGUAAUUCAGGUAUUUCAAAGGACAUUUGAUGCCAUAAAUUCAUGUUUUUAUUAUAUAUACAGAUAUAAAUACUUUUUUUUUCUUUGUUCUUUUUUUCUUGUUUCUUUUGAUGGUAGAUUUGUUGGAGGAGAUGUGGUGGUCUUCAUAAAAAUGUUAUGUAGAAUCCCCAAAAAAACACAUCCUUUUUGUUGGACAAACUGCAUAUUGUUAUCAUGUUACGUGUUUACAUAUCCUGCACAUUAAUGUCUGUUUGAAUAGUUUUAUGGCUGCAGUUUACCAUAGUGUAUUGUAAAUAAAUAUAAUAGGCACAAUCAUACAUGUGCACUCUACAGCAACUACAUCAAACUACUGAGCACAAAACCUCUUAAAAGGGACAAAGACAAAGAAAAGUGAAUAUGUCACGAGCAUGUGGCUUCAGCUGAUACAAUAUAGAGAACAAUACCUAUUAUUGUGAACAUAUUACCGACAAACCCAUGAUGUAGACAAUCCAAAGAACAACUUAACUUUCCCUCCAUUUGGAAAUCCCUCUUUAACAAGCUGGAACCAGGCGGUCAUUCAACCCUGUGCUUCCGAGGCCACGAUUUUUUGGCUGUUGCCAUGGUACCUAGAAGGUAUUCAAAGAAUGAUGUGGCAUUUCCUAUGGUCCAAUAUCCUCCGCUCUCGCUGUCCCACUCUCUCUCUACCUUGCUCUCUCAUUUCUAAUCAUUCUUCUCCCUUCAUUCUGCCCCCGCUCCCCCCCCCUCUCUCUCUCCCUCUCUCUCUCCCCCUCUCUCUCUCCCUCUCUCUCUCCCUCUCUCUCCCUCUCUCUCUCUCUCUCUCUCUCUCUCUCUCUCUCUCUCUCUCUCUCUCUCUCUCUCUCUCUCUCUCUCUCUCUCUCUCUCUCUCUCUCUCUCUCUCUCUCUCUCUCUCUCUCUCUCAAUGUCCCCAAUGGAAUCGCAUUAGAUUGGAUUGCCCACUAGCCCCUAGCCACAGCCAUGUGGUGCAUAGCCCCAGUCCCCCACCCCAACCCAACCAAACCCCGUCCCCCGCACACCUUCCCCAUACGGAUCCUUCUGGAGUCGCCAUGCCCCUGAUUGAUGUCCAGCAACCCUAUAUCACAGUCCGGCCCUCCCCUCUUCUACAGCUGGUGGCCUCAGUCAUGCCAUGCAAGCAGAUCAAUCAGAAUCACCCCCGUUGUGCAUAUUGAUCACUGUCUACCAAACCAAAAAGAAAACACACACAUACACAAUGCAUACACAAAUGAUAGGACGUAGCCUCGAGGGUCGGCUGUAGUCCAGAUGUCUGCAAUUACUUGUUAUUUUUUCCGAGACCGAAAUUAAAAUGGUGACUUUAGUGUUAUUUUCUAGCAAAUCAGCGACCCAUGGCUACCCGAUAUACCACUUGAUGAAUCAGUGUUGUCCUCGCUUCUAAUCAAAACAGUUUGUCCAACAAAUUGGCUUUUUCUUAGCUGUUAUUAUCUCUUAUCACAGUAACUUUAUUCUUGGUUCUUGUACAUUUUCUGUAACCAUUUCUACCUCAUUUUGCGGCAUAUUGUACAUGAAAGUAUUUAUUUCAUGUCUUUUUUGUCUGUUUAAAAAAAAAAUGUUCUUGAACUGUAAUGGUCUACCUCAAAAAGACUGUAUUUUAAGAGAAGAGUAUCACACAAUAUUAAACAGAAUAUGUCAAUAUUUGA